CUCUGUAAAUGUCAAAUGUGAUAUUUUGAAAAAUUAUUUAGCAUUAAAUUAUUAAGUGUAAACAUUGUGAAAAUUUUAUAAGAUUUUAGAACAUGAUAAAUACUAUUGUAUAAUAAAUGAAAAUGAGCGAGACAUCUGAAAUACAAAAUAAGGAUAUUGGACCGGGAGUCAUAACAGAGCAAGAACGUGAACUGGCACAAAAUGCAUUAUCUGAAUUUCAAAAAGGAGCAUAUGCUAAUUGUUUGUCAUAUUUAAACAAAUUAGAAACUCUUAGGCCCAAAGAUUUAAAAGUAAUGCAUAAUAAAGUUGUAGUAGAAUGUUAUAAAAAUGAUCUGAAAAAAACAGAAUUAUUAAGAAAAAGUUUAAAUGCAAUUUGUGGACAAAUGUCUACAAUUGAUUCUACUGAAACUAUAGAUGACAUUGAGAAAUGUGUUAUGAGGUAUAAUCAAGCAGUCUUAUUAUAUCAUACAAAACAGUAUAAUGAUGCACUUCAAAUUGUGAAUAGAUUAUUUGCUUUUAUAGAACCUAUGGAGGAAUCACUAGCACAUAAAGUAUGCCUUCUUUUAAUAGAAUUACACAUAGUAACAGAACAACCAGAUGCAGCAUUGUCUUUAAUUAAUUACAUAGAAAGUCAACUUAUAUCCACAGACAAUUCUAAAAUUUCAUCUGUAGAUAAAGAAAGUAUGAUGAAAUCUAUAAAAGAACAAAAGGAACCAAAAAAAGAAGUCGAUACAGCUACAGAUGCAUUCAAAUUAAAACUAUUGAAAUGUAAAGCUAGAAUAUACCUUAUGAAGCACCAAUUGAAACUAUGUAAAAGAGAAUGGAAGACAUUAGUUUCUUUGGGUACACCUGUAAAUACAUCAACUGUAUUUUUAAAAGCUAAUCUUGAAUAUUUAAGAGGGAAUUAUAAGAAAGCUAUUAAAUUAUUGAACUCUGUAACAUCAGAAAACUUAGAUUUUAAAUCUUGUGGAGAGUCUUCUGCUGUGUUAUAUUACAAUAACAUGGCAUGUUUACAUCUUGCUAUGGGUAAACCAAAUUUAGCAUGUUUUUAUUUACGAAAAGCUUUACAUGAAAAUAAAUGUGCUUUAAAAAGUGUACAAGUAAAAGAUAAUGAUCCUUUAUCUUCACAACCAUUGUGUACACUUGGUGGGAAUAAGCAUUAUGAAUUAAUGUAUAGUUUAGGUGUGUCACUACUACAUGCAGGUCAAGUAUUAGUAGCUUUUGAUUGUUUCAUGGAAGCUGCUCAGAAACUUCAUAAUAAUCCUAAAUUGUGGUUAAGGAUUGCUGAAUGCUGUAUUUAUUGUCAUAAACCGACAAAUGAAGUUGAUUUUAAUUCGAAACGAAGGAAAGACUUAGUACAAAAAGUUGUUGGUUCUGGAAUUUAUAGAAAAAUUAUUCUAGCUUCCUCCCUUUCCAAAGAUAUAAAAUAUCAUUCUGAGGGUUUCCCUUCUGCUAUACCACAAUUAACAUUAGAAUUUGCAUCUUUGUGUUUAAAAAAUGCAUUAUUUUUAUUGCCAAAUAAUAAUGAACUUAAUGUACCAAUUGCGAUUGCUGGUCCACAAACAGUACCUUUAUCAUUAACAGCUAGUCAUAAUUUAGGUGCACAACAUUCAAGUUUAAUGUCUCAAACUACAGCUAUUGAAGCAUUAAAUUUAAAAAUUAGUGUUUUGGCUGCAAGCGCUUAUGUAUGUUUAUGUCUUGGAGAUUAUGUUAUUGCUCUUGAACAUGCUAAAGUAUUAUUAAAUAUGAAUAAAUUGCCUGGAGCAUAUAGAAUGUUGGGAAAUCUUUAUGCUGCAGAAAGUUUGAUAUUUAUGGAUAAAAUUAGUGAAGCCAUUGAAUAUCUUAAACCAGAAAAUAUUCAAGACUUAAAUACUUCUAUACUUAUUCCUGAAACUCAGGAUAAAGAUAAAGACAAAUCCGACGAGGUUAUUUCAAAGCCUAUAAAAAUGUGGUAUCCGACGACAGUCCCUACUGGAAUUGCUGUACUUCGUUAUAAUUUAGCUGUAGCUUAUGCAAUUCGUGGUGAACUCGAUAAAUCCGGAGAAACCUUAAAACAAGUUUGGAUGUCGAAAGGUCCAGAUUGUGAUGUUCCUAUACAUGUAAUAAUGUUAAUUUUAUAUAUAGAAUUACAAUUAGGUCAUGUAGAUAUUUCAAGAUCAAUAAUAAAACAACAUUGUCCACAAUACCGUUGACGUUUCAUCGCUAUAAACAUGAGAAGUGAAUUACCGGUAAUGAUUUCACCAAUUGUUACUGGAAGUAAAUUUACUGGUUGGUAUUGGGGGCCUCUGGCCUGUAAUAUGGUCAUGGCCGUCUAGGCGAAUCACCCCAGGGCCUUAUACUGGACCUUACA